CGCCCAGGAAGUAGCUUACGAAGUAGUGUGAGGGUUACAAUGAAAUGUACCAAGGGAGUUGAGAAAUCGAUGGAUUACAGUUGCUAGGCUUUGGUUUUAUUUAAAAUUCUUAGUGUUGGCUACAUGAGUUAGAGCAUGCUAACAAAGUAAAAUUAUAAUAGUUGGAAAUGGCGGGAGUCUCUAUCAUUGUAGCUAAUGUUAGAUUAAGCAAUACACGCUUUAGCUGAACAAAAUCAACAGGUAGCCAAUAUUGUUCUCGUGUUUGCUUAACGUUGGACCUCGAUACCAAAUGGGAAUACGUUGCUAAUAUUUUACUUUUCUUAACUCUUUUUCAACCAACUCUCGGAUUUACCCAAAUAUGACGCCUGACCUCCUGAACUUCAAAAAGGGAUGGAUGUCAAAACUGGACGAAAAUGGAGAGGGCUGUUAGUAAAAUGAUAGCCUCAGGCUAUCCUUGUGUCCUCCUUAUUGCCACCUGCCGUCCUAGCAGUGGAAGAAACAUUGGUUUGUUUUGACUGACGCUGGCCUGAGGUACUACAGAGAUUCUGGAGCAGAAGAGAAAGAUGACCUGGAUGGGGAGGUUGACCUGAAGUCUUGCGUGAAAGUGUCGGAGUACGACGUGGAGAAGAACUAUGGUUUCCAGAUUCAUACUCGAGAGGCAGUGGUCACACUGUCAGCCAUGACAGCCGGGAUCAGGAGGAACUGGAUCGAAGUCCUGAGGAAGAGCGUGCGCCCUAGUAGCUCACCCGACCUCACACAGCUGCCCGACAGCAACAGUGAUAAGGAGAACUCGCACACACGCUCCUUAUCCUCAGCGCGUCGCCACCACUCCCAGUCCCAGCUGAACGCAGACACAGGCUCCUCGGGCUCCACCCAGCGCCGGUUCGACUAUGUGGAACUGUCUCCAGUCAGUGGCCCGGGGUCAAGCGCCCAGAGGGAGUCUGGCGAGGGCCAGGUGCGGGACAGUGGCUCCAGCCGCGAGGAGGAGCAGCAGCGGCAGCAGCAGCGGGCCAGAGAGUCCAACGCCAGCCAAUGGGAGGCUGUGCUGUCCCGCAAGGCCCCGGGCGGCGACAACGUGCUGAGGAUCAAGGAGGAGAUUGAGAGGAAGUGGGCCGAGUUUGAGCGGCUGCCGUUGAAGGAGAUGCGCUCGUUGGCAGCGACGAUGGGCUCGCGGUCGAGUUCGGGCCCACUGGCUAGUGAGGCGCUACAGAGGGAGGUGGCGUCUCUGAGGCAACAACUCGAGCAUAUGAAGAAGGGGGGCGAGGGAGGGGGGGUAGGGGGACGAGAAACAGGGCGAAAGGAGGAGAAAGGAGGAAGAGGUGGCCCUGGUGCGGGGGGUGAGUGUGGGCCACUUGCUCCGUGUGGACGAAGCCUGCGGUCGAUGGAGCUGGCCCAUGGCCAUGCCCUGGAGGAGCUGCAGAGGCAGCACGCACGGGAGAUCCAGCAAAUGCAAAAGGAGAGGGACCGGCUCCUCCAGGAGGAGACCCAGGCCACGGAGAAAGCCAUGGAGAUCCUGAAGAAGGCCCACAGAGAGGAGCUGGAGCGUGAGCUGGAAAAGGCUCGCAGGCUAGGCUCUGCUGGGACGGACACACAGGCCUUGACUUCACAGCAGCGGGCUGAGACAGCGGCGCUGCAGCGGGAGCUUCAGGGCCUCUCGGAGCGCUACUCUCAGAAGUGCCUGGAGCUGAACCGUGUCGCGCAAAGUAUCGAAGAGCGUGAAAGGGAAGCCAGCCGCAAAGAGCGAGAGAUGCAGCUGCUCAAGCAGGAGAACCAGGACCUGCAGGCACGCCUCACCCAGGAGAUCAACCGCAUGCGCUCCUUCGUCACAGGCCAGGGGAUGGAGGGCAUCGCUGACACCCACAGAGAGAGGAAAUCCUGUGAGCUGGAGGUGCUCCUAAGAGUAAAGGAAAACGAGGUGCAGUACUUGCAGAAGGAGAUAAACUGCCUGAGGAAUGAACUGCAGUGUCUUAACUCGGAGAAGCGUUCGGCUUGUGAGCGCUAUAAGGAGGUGCACGAGGAGCUGAGCAGCAUGAAGAGUAGGAGUGAGCGGGAGAUCCAGAGCCUCAGGGAGCAUCUGAAGCUGACCAUGGCUGCCCUGCAAGAGGGCCAGCAGCUUGGCAACAGCCUGGAGCACUGAUGUCCUGAAGCUUCUCGAAAAAAGGUCAAGGGCAUGCUGUUUAAAUGGGAACUAAAGCCUUGAAGACAUUAUUCACUGACAAUGCAGAUGCUGCAAGUGCCUUUGCUUUCCAAAUCAGCCACUCAUCUGCAAAGAUUUGUCAGUUGAUCAGUCAUACACUGGGUUGCCCAAAUAUGCACUUUUUUUUAAAAAAAAAAAGAAAGAAAGAAAUUGUGUGUGUGUGUGAAUGCUUGCCUGCAUUUGUACGUUCAGGAGAGUAAGUGAACAAUGGUGGAGUCCUAAUUCAAAUGUGGCACAUGUGACAUACAAACUGGACUAAACUGGAUUUCCCCCUUGUCCUCAUCUGAUUUUUACUGCAUGCUGUUCUAGCUGUGUAUGAUAGACAGAGGACUACAAUAUUCUAAGGACUUAAGAUUCUCUGUGGAAACAUCUCACACAAAAUGUAUCUCCUAGACAUUAUUUCCAGACUUGACAGGAAGUAUUUUGAUCAGAAAUAGCUGCCGAGACUCUGAAUGCUCUAUUUUUAAGAAUAGCUGAAAACCGGAGGACCAUUAUCAGCUCCUUCCGUCGUGCUUUCUUGCUGGGUCUCUUUAGAUGAAGUGACUACAAAAUAAUUGCCUGAGAAGCCAAAUACAGACAUUUUCUGUCAAGGCCCUUUGCUUAUUUAAGUGCUCUUUUUGAACUUUUGUAGAUCUGUAUGUACUUUUUGUGCAGGUAAUGAUCUAUGGUCUGUUUUGGUCAUUUGAUGUCAAAGGUCCACAUUUCAAGCAGAGGUUAUACUGUGGCAAACAUUGACAACAUGUUGCCAGGCCCUCUCUUUGCCUCUCUACGCUGUGUGUGGGUGUACGUUUUGUGUGUGCCACAACAAGCUAGUGUUGCUUUAAUGAGCCAAUGGGUUUUUUUUUUUUUUUUUUUUUUUCUUAUCUAGUUAGCUGUCUUUUUGAAAUGUUCAUAUUUAAUGUAGGCUGAACAAGUCCUUUAACAUACCAGCAUUUUACAAUAAAUGAAAAAGACUCU